AUGGCGCCGCCCGACGACGAAACGCUAGCCACAGACGCGGCUCCGGCCCCGGCCCCGAUCCUCUUCCGCGCAAACAAGAAGCGCAAAGCAGGCCUCCGCCAACGCGCCGUAUCGCCCGCCGCCGCCGACGACGACACCCCGACGGCCUCGAAACCGGACUCGACAGCAGAAAACACCACGAAAUCUGCAUCUGCCACCGAGACCACCGCCGACGAUGGCCUCGAAUCACACAUCCCCUCCGCCCUCCGUCACCGCGCUCGCAAGCGACUCAACGGCGUAGGUUUCUCCGCGCGAGGCAAAACCACCCUCGCCGCCGCUGGAGACGAUACAGACCCCAUGAUCCUAUCGUCGUCGUCAUCAUCAUCGCGCGCAUUGGUUCCCGCCCCAGCACAAACCCCAGACGACGACCCCCUCAUCGCCAAGCGCUUCGCGCCGCAGACCGGCGCAGCAGCCACAACAAUCGUCAACAAACACAUGUAUGUAUAA